UUAAAUUAGACCAUUGUUUAGUGAUCAUAUCGUAAUUUCAACAAGAAACUUCACAAAUUUUGAUGAAUUUCGAAAGCAAAAAUAAGUUUAGAAUGUCCGUUCACGGGUCUAAUUACACCCGAUGUCAUAUGUAUAUUUCCAAAAUUCCUAAAAAAAAACUGACUUUCAAUGCAGUUUUUUCAUGAUAAGUAGCAUCAUUAUUUGAGGAACUAUCGCUGAUUUCCCUUAGUUUGUCAAAUAAACUGAGCAAAAACUACUUUCCGAUGACAUUCUGAAAGUGUAACAGUAUUCGGAUAGUACAUUUUGGAUACAUUUUUCUAGAGUGUUAUAGCACUGUUCUGUUAUUAAAAAUGAAAUGAAAUAUUGAAGAAAAACCUAAUUAAAAUAACAUGAAUUUUGAUAAAUAUUAGUUUACAAUAUGAGACUAUAUGACCUGAGACUGACAUUUUUAUUAUGCUGUAACAUGAUCUUGGGUUUAUUGUUUUCUUAGAAUGUCUUAUGCCUUUCCGGAGCUGAAUCCUGCACAAAUUUGUGCUAGUUUAAAUGAACUGUGCAACAUAGAUUUACAGGAGUCGUGGUUUAAGAAGCCAGAUCCUAUACAGUGGCAAGAUAUCUGUCGAAAAUGUCUCUGUGAAAUCACAGGAUCUGCAGAGGAUUCCUUUCUACAGCAACAUCUGUUGUCAACAGAGUUUGAUUACCCUGAAAUACAUUCAGAAUCUGUUCCAGUGAUGCAUCUCAUUGAGGCAAUGAGGAAAGUAAUGCCAUCUUUGUAUGUAAAUGACUUCAGUGGUGGAGACAUUAUAACCCCCACUACAAUCAGAUUGAAGAAAAUUUUCAGUGCUAUCAUCAACUUUCUAAGGUUUAAACACACACGAUUUGAGACAUAUGAAGACAUUAAAACAGAUAUUGAAAGAGACCGUGAGCAUCAUGACACAUUAGUAAAGAGGAAUGAAGAACUGAAACAGAGAAUAAAUCAGAUACGAGCAGAACGUGCUCAGCAGGAACCAGAAAUACAGAGGGUUCAGGAUGAGGUAGAGAAGAAGACGUUGACAAUGCAGGAACAUCACAGAAACAAGCAGACCAUACAAAUGGGAAUCAUGGACAUUAAAACCAGAAUUGCAGAAAAAAAAGCUAAAGUGGACCAGUUGAAGUGUGCAAUAUUGAAGAGUAAAGAAGAUGAAGAUAAAUUAUCACAGAAAAUAGUCCAGUCUCCAGAGAAAGUACGAGCAGAGCAAGAACACCUGAAGGAGCAGCUCAACUAUCUGAAGGACGAGUUUGAACGCAAACGACAUAGACUAGGUGAGAUACAGGAACAGAGAAAGAGAGAGAGACAGCUAGGGGCAGAUGCAGAAAAGGGUCUACAGAUUCUCGAGGCCAUGCAGACAAGCAUCAACAAAGAAAAUGAGAUUCAAGCAGAGAAGACACAGGCACACGACAAGAUUCUGGAGUAUAAGGAACAGGAACGAGAAAUGUCUACUAGAAAAGAGCAGUUACAACAGAUGCUGUCAACUCGACAGGAGAAACUGUCCAAGAUGUCGUUACAACAUCAGAGUAGGUUACGUGUACUUCAAGAGCAAAAUGAGUCAUUGAAAAACUCAAAAGAAGGACAACUCCAGAAACAAAAUUAUGACUCGGAGAGGAAACUGGAAUUAUUAGAGUACAAGAAGAAAAAAGAACAAGAGGUUAAUAUGGUGCAGAAAGUUAUAGAGAAACAGGUCAAUAACAUCAAGGAAAUGUAUGGAAAUCUUCUGGAAAAGACUGAUGUCUACAACAGGGAAUUUGGCACAAAAUGGGACGAGAUAAGACAGAAUGCUAAGCAGUGAUCUUCAUUCACAGUCUUAAAAACUCUUAUAGUACACGGUAUGGUGUUUAUGGACCCCAGGAUAUCUGUGUGUUUCCUACAUUACAGCAGUGGUUGUCAGUUACAGGAUUACAUGUUUGAAAUUAGAUGUCAGUUUAUAAGACUGUGUUACAUAAAUUUGUAUACUUUUUGGAUGAGUAAUCAAUGUAGUUUAGUUUUCUUUACAUUUGGUUUACCUUAAGUAAGUGUAUACUCAUAAUUAUAAAGCCUAGUGGUUAAAUGUCACCAACUAAAAAUCAGUUACCCCACACAAAUGUGGGUUCCAAACCUUGCUGGGGGUGUAGAAUUCAUGUGAGUAGCCAACAAGCUGGCUUAUGGAAGCUCAAUUGUUCUUAGCUUCUACCUAGGUGCCCACCUAUAUCUGAAAUAUGCUAAUAGGUGCACUUGAGAUCUUCUUCCAUCAUCAGACACAGAGAAAAGUGUCUGUAUGACUUAAAUUGUGUUGGUGUGACUCUAAACCCAACAAAAAGUAAAACAAGAAUAAUGGAACAAUCACUGUAGCAUAAUGCAGUUAUACCAGGCAAAUAGACAUGAGAUGUGAUGUACACAAGUCAGUCUUUUUAACAAGACUUUAUUUUUUCAUGUAUAAACAUUAAGGAUAUUUCUGUUUAUAAACCUGUGUAUAUUAAUUUGUUUUCUUCUAAAUGUUUAAUAACAUAGAUUCCUUCAGCUUCAAACAUAAACAGUUUGUGAUUCCCUACUGACGACCCACGGUUAGGUAUGUUUGAUAAAAUACUUGACAACAUUCACAAUUUAUUUCUGUUUGUUCAUCGGGGUUUCCCCUUUUAGACUUAUUCAGUCAUCUGUUGCAUUAACUUUUUUUAUCACAGCAGAAUAAGACAAGAGGUAUUUGAACUGUUAAUAUACUCCAAAGAUUAGAUUUUGUAUACUGGAAUGACUACAAAUACAGGGCUUUCCAAUUAAUUGUCUCUGUAUACUAAUUAAAUUUUAUAGUUGUCUUAACUAAGUGCUGUAAAGGAAAGAAUGUGUUAAAACAGCUUCAUAUAUGGUGUGUUUGUACUUCUUUGUUAUUUUUAUGAUUUUACUUCCUCUUUUUAUCUCCUCUUGAUUUCUUUUCCCUCGAUUGCUUUCUUUCUUUCUUUCUUUAUCAAUUUUAUGUGCAUUAAUUUGCUGAUAAAGAUUUUAAAUUUAGAUAUACAUCUGUAUGUUACAUGUAAUUACUUAUAUUGUAAUUAAAGUAUUAACUGUA